AUGUCCUCGAAGCAUGCUUCGGGUUCCGCCACGCCAAGCAGAGACCAGUCCCCAGCCGCCCCUGCGCCUGGUGGACAACAAAUAGAUCCGUACCGGGUCCUCUCGACUCAUGUCAAAAAACCCUUGGCACCCCUUCUUCCAGGUUCAGAGCCUCUCCUGCCCACCCUUCUAUCUCUCGACUCCACCGCGUACUCUUCCAGGCUUUCGGGCAAGACCCUUCAGACGACGCCCGAUCAACCAUCGACUGUCUCCUCGCCUCUAGUCACGGGGCGAAAGAGGAAUAGGGGGAAUGCAUUGGAGAAGUCAAAAGCUAGAGCAGAAUGUCAGGCUACAAGAAAGAAGAGGGAAACAUUAGGUCAUGAGGGUUUACGGAAGGUCAAGAGAAGACUGGGGAGCGUAAUCGGGAAGGGCCAGUGCAUAUCGUAUACCGCCCUGGUACCAUUGUACCACCUGCAUACGACCUACAUCUGUCAACUGCUAGCGUUGCCUACCCUACCCGCCUUGAUCCCACCAUUCCUACCGCCAUCCAACCCAGAACCCCUACAGACCAAGAUAUCGAAAGCCGACUUCACAGGCAUAUUUCUUUCUGUCAUUGCGGCGCGCUGUGAAAGCCUGAUUGGAAUCAAAGGCAUUGUCAUCGAAGAAACUGCCGAGAUGUUCAAAAUCGUCGUCGAAGACGACAAGGUGAGAGUGGUCCCGAAACAGGGAUCUCUCUUCCGACUGUCGUUCCCUGCCUUUUCCCCUCCGCCCCAGAAGCCUCUUGCAGCAGGGAUAGUCCCAUCGCCCUACCCACAGGAUCUCACCCAUCAUUUGGCAACAUGUCCCCGCAUCGAAAUGGAUCUGCUGGGAUCGGCAUUUGCCUAUCGUUCAAUAGACCGAGCGGGUCGAAAGUUCAGACCUGCUCAGGGAGGCGGAGGUGGUAGUGGGUGGGCAGAUGGCUGGGUAGCAAAGGCGGGUGAGAUGGGGCAGAUGCUGAAUGGCGUAGAUGGUUGUGAACGCUUGAAUAAGACCGAGAAAUCCGAAGCGAAGCAGGGCCCGAGCAAGCGAAAGAGAAACAAGUCGAGGAGGAAGGAUUUGCCAGCCUGGGGCAAUCUUUAG